AUGAGAGCCGAAACCACCAUGAUGAGAGCCGAAACCAUGGCCUCGCUCAAGCAGCAGAUGCGCAAAAACAUCAACGAUCCGCACGAAGUUGCUGCCAUUGUCAAGUUCAUUCGCGAAAAGCACCGCCUCUACAACGAUCAGCAGGAGUACGCCCUUCGGUUCUGGUACGAACAGCUGCACAUUCUCGACCGCGAAGCGCCACGUGCCAGCCUGCUUUCAGCUGAAAAAAUCGUCGACAUCCUUAUCGACAAGAUGACGAAGCCCGAGUUCGAAAUCUUUAACGAAAGAUUGCUUCUGAUCCGCAACCAUUACCCAGAAAAGGUCAGAUGGCACAAGAAGAUGGAGGAGGGGUUGGGUGGAGGAUAUGGUUUGAAGGUGCAGGUCUUGGGAGCUGCAUAUCCGGGCGGAAAGAAGUUUUUGUCGGUGGAAUGGCUCGAGGUGACGGAGGAGGAGAAGGGAUUUCAGUGGUGGUGGUAA